UCUGGGGCCUCGACAGGUGGUCCGCAACAUGACCUCUGAGUUCUUCGCUGCCCAGCUCCGGGCCCAGAUCUCUGACAACAGCACUCACCCGAUCUCCUACUACAAGCCCGAGUUCUACACGCCGGAUGACAGGGGCACUGCUCACCUGUCUGUCAUCACAGAGGACGGCAGUGCUGUGUCCGCCACCAGCACCAUCAACCUCUACUUUGGCUCCAAGGUCUGCUCCCUGGUCAGCGGGAUCCUGUUCAAUAGAAUGGACGACGUCAGCUCUCCCAGCAUCACCAAUGAGUUUGGGGUACCCCCCUCACCUGCCAAUUUCAUCCAGCCAGGGAAGCAGCCGCUCUCAUCCAUGUUCCCAACGAUCACGGUGGGCCAGGACGGCCAGGUCCGGAUGGUGGUGGGAGCUGCUGGGGGCACGCAGAUCACCACAGCCACUGCACUGACCAUCAUCUACAACCUCUGGUUCAGCUAUGACGUGAAGCGGGCCGUGGAGGAGCCCCAGCUGUACAACCAGCUUCUGCCCAACAUCACGACAGUGGAGAGAAACAUUGACCAGGCAGUGACUGCAGCCCUGGAGACCCGGCACCAUCACACCCAGAUCGCGUCCACCUUCAUCGCUGUGGUGCAAGCCAUCGUCCGCACGGCUGGUGGCUGGGCAGCUGCCUCGGACUCCAGGAAAGGCGGGGAACCUGCUGGCUACUGGUUGCUCCAGGCAGACAAGGCUGACAAGCAACCCAGGGACAAGAUACUCACGAGGAUAAGGAAGAGGACUUUGGGGGACGGGCUUCCCCUGUGAGCAGCAGAGCAGCGUAAUAAAUGAGGCCACUGUGCCAGGCUCCAGGUGGCCUCCCUGGCCUGUCUCCCCACUCUCUGGGCCUCAGUGUAUUGUG